GAAAGAGACUUUUUAGGAGUGCAGCUUGUUUAGUUAUAAGCGCCACAUCAGCGGCAGGAUGCUCUUGGGGUUAUAAAUCCGCAAAGCGUCGACGAGCUUCACCUCUGAGUGAAAUAGCUGCAUCACUGCGUCUUUAUAGAUUGCCUUUCGGCCUCUACCCAAGAAAUUUUACAAACUGUUAUUACAUACAAUAGUCGACAGAAUGCUCUUUCGUGCUUCUCGUCGAAUAUCUUGCUCUUCUGUGAUUGCUGGUGUCAUCGUCGGCUGCUGUUUCUUCUCGUUCGUCAACCAACAAUCAAACAAACUGUUUUUCCAUCCAUCCAAAUCAAAUGAACCAUCUCCCGACAACGAAGAUCUAGCCCAAAUUGACGAGUUUACCGAUGACUUUAACAACGAGACGGGAGCCGAUGGCUACAUCGUCCCGAAUAUUAUCCACUUUAUCCGUUUCAACAAAUUCGAACUCAAUUUCGUCGAUUACAUCGUUUUAAAAGCGGCGAUGCGCAACCACCGGCCGGACCAUUUUUAUUACCACACCAACAUCAAGAAUGUGACCUACGACGGCAAGUACUGGGACUGGGUGAGAAAAGACGAGCAACUCUGGUCCCGCAUUCGAGUCAAGUACCUCGAAGCUCCGACGGAAAUCUUCGGCCAGAAACUGAGCGACGGAUGGCGGUUCCACCACGGGAGCGACAUCGGACGCAUCCGCGUUUUGAUGCAAUACGGCGGCAUCUACCUGGACAACGACUGCUUCGUCAUCCGCUCGCUGGACAAGUACCGCAAAUUCGAGUGCGCCCUCAACUGGGACGACAAACAAUUCAUGGGCACCCAAACUUUAAUUGCCCACAAGAAUUCCCGUUUCAUCAAACUCUGGCUGGAAUCUUACAAGGGCAAUUAUCAUUCGGAUCGAUGGUACUACAAUGCGGGAGAACGGCCAACGACUGAAAUCCUGUUGCCGAAACCGCAUUUGAUCCAUCGCGUCAAAGGCGAUUUCGGGGCUGCCACUAGCGUUUCAAUGAAUCUCUACAAGAAUCGGAAAUUUGACUGGCGCCAUUUGGAUAUCAUCCAUUUGCUCAUGAAUCACCGCAGCUACAUGGACCCCAAAUACAACCAGACGCCCGUCUUUGACGAGAACAACAUCCGCACUUACGAGUAUCCAUUCGGAGACAUGGUCCGCCAGCUCCUAGACAUGCAAUCACCUAAUUCUCCUAGUCCAUAA